AAAUCCAACUAGGCCUUGAAAUUAAUGGGGACAAACAGGAAAACAACACAAGUUAAAACACAAAUCUCAGCAAAUCUCCUCUCAGAUGGGCCUUUCUUGCAGAAGUCUGAGGCCUAUAAAAUAUAGAGUUUAAUGUACUCUUCCUGUCCCUAUUGCUCAUCAAUAAUUCAAACUUUGAGCUCUGUCUUUUCUCUCCUGGAGGGAACAGGGAUAUUGGAAAUUCAUCUGCAGUUUUCACUGAAAGUGAGUAAAACUGCUCCCUCUAUAUAUGGCAUAUGAGGCUUCUACACCCAAGCAGGGAAACAAAAAGGUUAAAUAUUUUGUUCUUGUCAUUCUGUUUUGACUUUAUUAUUGUUGCCACCAACAAUUUGCAGAAACUGGGGUUCACUGUUCUUGAUCUUUUGCUUCUACGAAGCACUCAUUUCAAUUAAUUCCCUUUUGACCAAAAGCAAAAAAAAAAAAAUCCCAUUUUUUUUUUCAUUAUGCUUAAAACUAUUCACUUUUGAGGAGUAAUUGUUGAAGGAGAAUAAAUUGUGAAAGAGCUUUACUCGCUUGCGAUGGACUGGGACUGGAAGGACCUCGGAUGGGAUUCAAUUGAGUUGGAGGAAAAGGAGGAUAGCAGCCUUGCAGGCCUUGUUGGCUCCAGUGGAUUUAUGGUGGACUUGAAGCUCGGUAGGAUAUCUGAUAUGGAACAAGAGAGAUCUGCAGAUGGGUUGAAGGACCAAGGGGGCUCAACAAUGGUGUCAUCACCUUCAGGGCCAUCUAAAAGGACACGUGUGCUCAGUGGGACUCAAAAUUUUUCAUGCUUAGUUGAUGGAUGCAAGGCAGACCUCAAUAUGUGCAGAGAGUAUCAUCGCCGCCACAGGGUUUGCGAGCGCCACUCGAAGACCCCAGUGGUGAUUGUAGGGGGCAAAGAGCAGCGCUUCUGCCAACAAUGUAGCAGAUUCCAUUCCCUGGGGGAGUUUGAUGAUGCGAAGAGAAGCUGCAGGAAACGCCUUGAUGGACACAACAUGCGCAGGAGAAAAUCUCAGCCUGAACCCCUUUACCUCAGUUCUGAGCACUUUCUGUCCAAUUACAAAGGCCCUAGAAUCUUGCAAUUCAGUAGUCCACAGAUAUAUGCAACUACUACUAUGAGAAGUAGCCGGCCUGGGAUUGCCAGAAGUGAAGCAGAAGCUAUGAUUUAUAAUCAUCAUCACCGACGCUUGCCUAUUACUGAUGGACACAGUCCUCCCAAUUCCUUUGCCUUCAUCUACAAUGAGGAGAAUAAACUGUUCUCUUUCUUACAGGAAAAUGGCCCUAAAGGAGGCAAUUAUCAAGCAGCUUCUGAGGCUUCUGUCUACCACCCACUUCCUAAUAGCAUUGCUUCAUCAGAAAUUGAAAGGGGCGGCCAUAAUAUGUUAUCGGCGGCCGCCGCUGCCGGCGGUAUAACACAAUCCAUUGACUUGGGUUGUGCUCUCUAUCUUCUGUCAUCACAUCCAACACAAACUUCAGCAAGAAGUUUGAGCCACUUGGUGCAGUCCAGUGUGAGCCAUCCAAUUCAAUCCUUGGACUCAGGACAGCAAUCUAAUGGAGUGGCUCAGUACUCCUGCUCUCAUGGCAUAAAAGACAAGCCUUCUGCAGGCCUAGUUUUUGUUCCUGAUGCCAAUGAAACCAACAUAUAUUGCAGUGGAAUGUUUCAAGGGGCGCUUGAUGCGUUGUUGGAAGGUUAGGCCUCAAGAAGGCUUCCUAUUUGGUGGGAGUAAUCAGCUCCUGAGGUAAUUUCCUGGUUGGGGAAUGUUGACUAAUCUUUCUGCAGCUUCAAUAAACUAAUGCAAACUCUCCCAAAGCUUUUAGUUGUGGAUUAUUGUUGACUUCCUUUCCCCACAGGGGAAAGCCUGGAUUGUCUUGAAUACUUGUGUUGUGUAGGUCGGGUGUAAUGAACUGUCCAUAUUGUACGGUAAGAGCGCAGGUAGACUCCACCUGUCCAAACUGGCGGAGAUCUACCUGCCCUCUCACAUGAAUUGCUGUUUGUUUUAAGAGGCAUAGUAAACUCUAUCUAUGCUAUGAAAUGCAUUUUCCUGAUUGUGAUUUUGGUCCAACAGCUGUGUUAGAGUUCGAAUUCAUUCAUAAAAUA